AUGUCUAAUAAUCAACGGGAAGAGUCAAUCACAUCACGAAAUGUCGAUGAUAGGGAAGGGGAAAUGGGAAUUGCAUAUACCACUGACGAAGUUGAUUAUCUCGACCAUUUUAGUAAUAAUAAUCAAAAUCCGGUAGAGUACUUGGAAUUUCUUGCAACACAAGAACCUUAUUCCCCUAAAAAUUUGUCUUUAAAUCAAGAUUCAUUUCAUCAACCCUCAAAUUUCCAACAACAAGAACAAUUUAUUGGUUUAAGGGGUG